AUGGCCGCUCCAGUACCGCUAGACCGCAUACCCCCUACAACAGCCGCCUAUGUCAUCGCGACAGCUAUCCUCGCAGGCGUGACCGGAUACUUCAUCGGACAAGGUUCUUCCAUCAGCCUCUUCAAAGAAAAGGAAGGCUGGCCCAACAGCUACGAUGUGAAGGUCCACAGCCACUCUUCUGACGAGGAAGACUCCGAGGACUCCGAAGAGGAAGAGAGCGACGAGGAGGAGGAGGGCAACGGUGAAGAAUUGUCCAGCUUCAAGGACAACACCGACGAGGUGAAGCUGGUGCUGGUCGUCCGUAUGGACCUGGGCAUGACCAAAGGCAAAAUCGCCGCCCAAUGUGGCCACGCCACCCUCUCUUGCUACAAAUACUUCCUCGAACACGCGCCCAACUCGCCUGUCCUCAAAAGAUGGGAGCGCUACGGUCAGGCCAAGAUCGCGCUGCAGGUUAGAUCCGAGGAGGAGCUGCUAGUCAUGCAGGCUCAGGCUAUGAGCCUUGGGCUUUGCGCGCGCGUUAUCCAGGAUGCUGGACGCACUCAGAUCGCCAGUGGCAGCAAGACCGUGCUUGGAAUCUUAGGCCCCAAGAGUGUCGUUGAUGGAGUGACCGGACACUUGAAGCUGUUGUAA